CCUGACUCUCGACACCAACCCCGUUCUCUUUCCACCACACAACGUUCACCUAUCCAUCUCCUGGCUCAACAGACAUGCCAUCGAAUAAUUAUUAACACUCACUAUCGUAUUCACGCCAUUCUAUAAUCGCCAACGUAACCAUUCAUAAUGAGGGCAGCUCUCGUUUUGUUCCUCGCCGUUGGGCUCCUCCCCUCUGCUCUCGCCGCAUCUUCUCUUCCUUCGCAAGUGUUAUCACAUGGUCCCACCACAUUGGUCAGCGGAUUACCAGGGUUUACUGUGCUUGAUAAUGUUUGGUACAGGAAUCGCACUUUUUAUGUAUUGGAGGAUGAGAGUGAAAUACCGCAGACCGAUCGGCUUUUGACUCUCUCUCGCUCCAACUCUGGAACUCAGAGUGUGGAGAGGGUGAACUGGAAGGAGAUGGUGUUCUAUGAUGGUGAAGAUGGCAGUCCGAAGGAGGCUCAGGCGAAGCCGGAUGUGGAAAUUAAAGAACUGCAUGGCAUUACCUUAUUUUUCAACGAUGGAUGGGAUGGCAAGUGGUCAGGCUACAAGUGGCUAUACCACAUGGUAGCCGAAGCUCUGUUAGGGAGUCUGAGCGUCCUAUCAUCCGUGCCACCUCUUCCGACGUCCAUCCAAUCACAAGGUCAAGACCAAGGUCAGGAUACGAGGCAGGGUUUGGUGACAUAUGGUGGUGAUGGAGAAUUGCCGGACAGACUGGUAAUUGCUUGGGACUAUAAUUGGGAUGCCCGAUAUGGGUUGCCGAGAGCAGUGGCGGAGGCUUUAUUUGGUGAUGACAAAUUGAUCGAACCGGAGGAAUGGACUCAAAUGACUAGCCAAGAUACGUGGAUCUACUUUGAGAGAGUUCUCCUUGUGGAUCGCAACACCGCCCAUAGACACAACCUUCUCGCGCGUCAAUGGUUCAAAAUGGCCGUUGACGCAUAUAGACUCGCCUCUUCGCCAUCCUUCUUCUUCCCGACCCGCCACGCCCUUCUAUCACAUUACGGUAUUCGCACAUACACCCGCUCGGCGCCCGGUUUACGAUUAAGUGGGAAAAAGCCCAAGAUCGUCUAUGUCGAUCGGCAGCGGACGCAGAGAAAAUUCGAUGUGGAAGUACACACGCAGCUGUUGAAGCAGUUGAAGAAUAUUGAAAAGGCUAAAAAGGCGGUGGUUGUGGAUGCUGUAUUGGAGGAUCUGGAGAAGAAGGAGCAGUUUGAAAUGUUUUCGGAUGCUGAUAUCAUUCUUGGCAUUCACGGGAAUGGGUUGGCGCAUGAAUUAUGGAUGCCCGAAGGCGGUAUCAUCAUUGAAAUCUUGCCUCCUCCCACUUUCCAGUACGACUACGCUCCUGUCAGUGCGGUAUUGGGCCACAUGCACAUUAUCUGGCAAUACGAUAAAAUAUACCCUCGCUAUAAGUGGAUACCCGAAAAUAGGAAAAACGAAACUCUUAUCCACGAUGGAUCACCUAUCCCUCUUGAUGUUGAUCCUUUUACAAAGCUAGUUGAAGCUCUUGUUGACAGCAUGUCAUUCUCGUACCAUUAGUCAUCGUUGCUCUGAUUUUUAUGUGUUGUCUUUGGGAAUUUGUGGUAUAAUGAUAUUUUUGGGUUCUAUUCGGAUCUCUGGACUUUUCGGGAAUGGACUGUAUGCCAUGCAACUUGUAUGUGCUCUAUGUUUCUUGAUCUGACUUUCUCUUCUCAUCCUUCUUGACUUCUUUCUUCUUUUCCUUGCUCGGCUUAGGUAAGAACUUCUCAAAAAGUUUGAUGGCUGCCUACUCUGAAGGUCAACACUUCAACCAUUUGCCCAAUCUAAUCUCUUCCUCCCUAUUCGUCUGGUUCUCUCUUUCUGCUACAGUCACUGCCAGUAAAAAUGUAUAAUACUUCAACUCACAUAAACUGGCUUCUUAUUCUUCACUUUGCCUUUUGAGUCGAGU